AUGGAACAAAGAAGACGAGAGGUAGACCAAGAGUUUACGAUAGUGACGGUGCACGCCAGUAGGCGAAGAAUGCGUGAAUCGGAAGAAGAAAGGUCUUCUCGCUCAGAGGCCGGGUCUUCCCGCCACCGGCAGAGGCGUCAAAAUGAAAAUACUCAAGAAAGAAGUGUCAGAUUGGGCGUAGAUGCUGGACGACAUCACUUAGCGCGUGCAAGUGAAACUGUGGAAGAAAGGAGUGCACGGCUUGCUGAAGAUGCUCGACGCCAACGGGUGAGGCGUGCAUCGCAGACUGCCGAAGAGCGAUCAAUUAUCCAACAAAAUCACUCUCAGCGACAAUAUCGAAGACGAGCGUUGUAA